AUGGCGUUGGCUUAUACAAUUUUCUUUAACUUUCGGCAGCAACAAGCACAGUUCCUGGGUUGCAUGCAAAGUACCAUGAGGUUCAUAUUAAAACAAGCUCCCCUGUUUUGUCUGCUCUCUGUAGUUCUCUUUGCAUGCAUUUUGGCAGAAUCUGAUACUGAUAAUUCUGAAAGGUUAAGGUCGGCUCCUCAUAAAAAUGUGAGAAGUAGUGUUAUAGAUGGAAGUGGUAUAGAAAAUGCAGUUGAUUUUGAGGGUACAAGUGGUGGGUUGGAGGAGAGAAAGGGUGGUUAUAACAGAGUCUCGAUAUCUACAGUUGCAUUAUUUACGUUGGCCAUGGCUGCUGCCACUGGUUUAGGUGCUGUCCCGUUCUUUUUUGUGGAGCUAGAUCCUUAUUGGGAAGGAUUGUGCAGUGGGACGGCUGCUGGUGUUAUGCUGGCUGCUAGCUUUGACCUCACGGAAGGGCAAGGCCAUGGUGCUGGCAGUUGGGUUGUGAUUGGGAUUUUAUCUGGUGGAAUUUUCAUUUUGCUGUGCAAGAAGUUUCUUGAACAAUACAGGGAAGUAAGCAUGUUAGACAUUACAGGUGCUGAUGCAACUAAAGUUGUUCUUGUUGUCGGAAUCAUGACUCUCCAUUCAUUUGGGAAGGGUUCUGGUGUUGGUGCCUCUUUUGCUGGCUCAAAAGGCUUUUCUCAAGGACUUUUGGUAACUUUGGCCGUAGCUGUGCACAACAUACCAGAGGGGCUAGCUGUGAGCAUGAUGCUUGCAUCGAAGGGUUUUUCCCCACAAAAUGCAAUGUUGUGUAGUGUAAUCACAUCCUUGCCUCAGCCCAUCAUAGCUGUUCCUGCAUUCAUGUGUGCUGAUGCAUUUAGCAAGUUCCUUCCUUUGUGCACGGGCUUUGCUGCUGGAUGUAUGAUCUGGAUGGUUGUUGCGGAAGUGCUUCCUGACACUUCAAGGAAAUUUGUUGAAGCCUCUCAUCCUCAAGUGGCCUCAGCAGCUACAAUUUCUGUAGCAUUUAUGGAAGCUCUCAGCACAGCUUUCGAGAAUGUCAUCCAUGACUACAGUUCAGAAGAUGUUUCAGGCUUCUUUGUUUCAUUGCUUUUUGGUCUUGGGCCAUUGCUUGGUGGCUUCAUUCUUGUUGUUUUUGCUCUUGCAUUCCAUCUUCAGCAUGCCCUCCUCAUGGGUGCUUCAUCUGGCAUUGCCUUUGUCCUUACUGCAUGGCGACCUCCGCAGCUACUUGUGUCUUCAAAGAUUGGGUUUUCCCCCCUCAUAUCUUUGCUUGCACUGGGAGCAGCAUGUGUCCAUGUUUCAAGCUCCAGCAUUAUGAAAAUUGCAGGUCGCAAAAAGGCAUCAGUGAACAAUUUACCAACAGUAACGGGCUUUCCAGCGAGUGUUCACACAGUUCAGUCUUUCUUGUCCUGUGGAGCGGUUGCCUUUCAUGCAUUGGCUGAGGGGCUUGCAUAAGGAGUGGCUGCACCAAAAGCUUAUGGAAUUGGUCGGCACAUGGUCCUUCCUGUCCUACAUGGACUCCCUCGCGGUGCAGCUGUUGCUAGCUGCAUCUUCGGUGCUACUGAUAGCCGGCAUAGUGCCCUAGCAGCGGCAACUUUAAUUGGGUUUGUGGGUCCAAUAUCUGCUAUAGGAGCAGUACUUGCAAGAAUUGACUACAGUGGUCUGGAUCAUGUGAUGGUCUUCGCUUUUGGUGGAUUGCUCCCUAGCUUUGGAAGCAUAAUUAAAAGAGGAGUAAGGUUGGAUACGCGGAGAGGGGUUUUCGGGCUGGCAGUUGGAGUGGGGUUUGCUAGUUUUUGUUUAACGUGCACUAAGCUGGUUUGCUUGCACAUUACUUGUUGCAAUUCUGCUCCUGAAGCUGUCAGAUGAGAUGAUCUCCUGUUAUAUUCAAUGGCAGAGGUGGCAUGCAUAUGCUGCAGCUAGCAUUUUGACACAAAUGAUAGACACAAGCAUGCAUAGAUAACUUGGAGAGUACGUGGAUAUGAGGAGAUAUGAAGGAAAGAUAUGGUGGAGGAUGUGCCCUCUCACGUUGUACAAUAAUUUUUCUCAUCAAUUUUUUUAAAAUUUUUCUAUUCAAAUUUUCCUCAAGAGAAGAAAGAAACGUUUGUGGAGUUGGCUGAUUACAGUGGUCUGAUUCACUGUUUGAGAGAGUAUUUAUUACAGAGACAAGAGCACCUUUGAGAAAGAAUCCACGGUUGGAUG